CAGUCCCGGAGUGGGUAGUCCCCAGCUGUGGUCGGGGAUGGGUGGCAGUUACGGCUUGGGCGGCUCUUCUACGCCCCUCAGUCCUCUCUACCGCUUUCCUGAUCUGUCCUACCCUGCCUCUGCUAAUGUAGGAGUCCAUGGAGCCUUCAGCGGCCUACACCACCACUACCCACAGCAGGCUCUUGUUGGCGGCGUGACUCCACCCAUGUCCCCUCCACUUGACCACCACCACACACCUCCCAAGGAAGGCGAGUCUGGCUCCUGGUGGAGUAUUGGCAGCACCGUCGGCACUGCGCCGCCCAUCCCCCACAAUUACCAGUACCAUCCCCAGCAGCAGCAGCAGCAGCCGCAGCCGCAGCAGCAACAUCAGCAGCAGUACCCUGGUAUGAUGGUGGGGUCAGUAGGACAAGUGGCUACAGGCUUCCCUUCAAGUCUGCACCAGCCGGUCUCAUACAACAUGACGCAGGAGGCGUUCCUUCACCACCAAAGUCAGAUCGCAGCCGCCCUCCUCAAGAGCCAAGGCGCUGUAAAUGUUCGCCGUUGUCGCAGAUGCCGCUGUCCUAACUGUCAAGAUGUCUCCCAGGACGGCCAGGCUGGCAAGAAGAAACAGCACGUCUGUCACGUGCCAGGCUGCGCUAAAAUCUAUGGGAAGACCUCUCACCUGAAGGCGCACCUUCGCUGGCACGCCGGAGAACGCCCGUUCGUGUGUAAUUGGCUCUUCUGCAACAAGGCGUUCACUCGCUCCGACGAGCUCCAGCGACACCUGCGAACUCACACCGGAGAGAAGCGAUUCCUGUGCGUAGAGUGUGGUAAACGCUUCAUGCGCUCCGACCACCUAAACAAACAUGUCAAGACCCACGAGAACAGACGAACACGGACGACCCCCAUACAAUCUGACGACCACCUUGACAUUGAGAACUGUGAUGAUGAUGACGACGAAGACGACGACGACGACGAUGAUGAUCUCCCACAUGAUGUCAACGACCUACCAACCCUAGAAGACGAUUUCCCUGCAUCAACACUGCCAGAUUCUCCCACAUCUGAGGCAGAGAUACCGAUCUCCAGAACGUGUGAGGGAGAACCUUCUCACCCCCUAGUUGAACAUAGUACUCCGUACCCCCAGGGGGUACAUGGUUCCCCCUACCCCCAGGGGGAACAUAGUGUCCCUUGCCCCCAGGUAAUCCCUAGCCCCCAGGAAGUCCCCAGCCCCCAGGAAGCCCCCAGCUCUCACCCUCAGCCGUACUCACACCGCCUCCACGACAUUCUCAAUACCUCUUGUAUAUAA